AAUGUUAAAUGUUUGCACUUUAUAAUAAAUUGAAAUGGAUAAAAAAAGAUAUUCAUUUUGCUUAUCUAGAGCCUUAGAUACACUUGGAUAUAGUUAUGAAUGUAUAAAACAGCGACAGAAGUCAUGGAAACAUUGUGGAGAAUGUUUGACAGCAGAUGAAGAAGAAAAUGUUAGUGACAUGAUAGCAGGCAGCAAAUCAGAGGGAGUUAGUCGGAUAUUUGAGAGCGAUUUUGAUUUGAUGGUAUCACUUGAUGACUUCAUAUGCUAUGAAUUAAUUGAUGACAUAAAAGAAAAUGACAUAGAUAAAAGAGUAAAGCAAAGAGUGCUGUCAGCGACAAAGAAUUAUCAGUAUGAAGUUGGAAUGAAAAGUAGUAAUGCUGAAUCUGUUUCAGAUACAGAAAUAUCUAGAGACAGUGAUUACACAGCAAAUAUCCAAAACAACAUUGAAGAAGCCAGAAAGAGAUUGACCAGUAUUGAUCUCAAAAUAACUAAAUCAGAGCAAAAUAUUGCUGUCAUAGAAAAAAACAGUAUUGUGAAAUAUAAUGGUAUAUUUUUGUUAGACAGUGAAAACAUAUCAAUGGGUUAUGCAGUGUUGAAAGUGGUUCAUUUAAAUGAACAAAAGUUACUCAAGUCUUAUGUGCAGGAAAAUUGUGCCUUUGUAGAUGCCAUAAUUGAACUUGAUGGAACUAAAGUGAUUUCAAGUAGCCGAUUUCGAGAAUUUUCCUAUAAAUGUGAUGAAGAUGAAUUUACACAGACUGUAGAUGGCCCUGCAGGAACAAGUUUAGCUGAUCCUUAUAGUGGAAGUGUCUGCGAUGUUGAUUCUGUGUUCUGCAUACCCUGUGUUUGUAAAAGUAUAAAUCAAGCAUGGGUAAACCGUAAAAGGAAUUAUAGGUGGCCUUGUAAAGAGCUUAUAGAAGAAAUAUCCAGACUUGAUGGACAUGUUGUUCCAGUUGGUAAUAAAAAAAGUAAGACAAGUGAUAUUGAAUGGAGAAUUUGCUUUACCAAGUCUGAGGUAAAACUUAUUCAUUCUUUUAAUGAGACACAAGUGAAAUUAUAUGUGCUAAUUAAAAUGGUUGGAAAAGCUCUUUUGAAACCAAUAUGUUCAGACAUUUCUUCUUAUACUUUGAAGAAUGUAAUGCUUUGGCUGGCUGAAAAGAUCCCUUUUGAAAGAUAUGAAAUUGAGAAUCUAUACGGAUUGUUGAGGGUUGCUCUAAAGUUUUUAAGGUAUUCUAUUGACAAAAGGUCAUUACCCAAUUACAUGAUACCAGAAAGGAAUUUGUUUUUAGCAAAAAUUCCAACAGAUGAGAGAGAAAAUGUGCUGAAAGUUCUGGAUGGGAUAAUAAAUGACAAUACUUUUUUCAUUACAAAAUUUCAAGAACUAAAUUUUCUUGCACAACAUAUGGUUAUUUGUAUAAAUGAACCAGAACUUGCUUUUUAUAUGGAGAGGAACAGGGAACUUUUUGAGAAAAUAUUUUUGGAAAACUGGCGAGAUGUUUGGGAAUUUAGAACACCAGAUUUUUUGCAUACAUGCACCAAACAGUGUAUUUGUUUAACAGCAAUGUUGCAAAUAUGUGACUUGUUAAAAGUAAGUUCUAAAACAAGAAAUUGUGUAAUAGAAAAAGUGUUUUGGUGGAUCACAGGCAAAAUGGGAGCAGUAGCAGCUGAUGAUGGGCGUACAAGCAGAAGUACAUGUUGGUUUUGGAAUGACUUUGGAGAGAUUUUACCAUUGUUUAUGCAAGAGGAAAACAAACUGAAUGCCUAUAGAGUAUUCAUAGAUUCACGAGAAAAAAAGAAAUGUUAGAAUAGAUAUAUUCAUGAUUUAAAAUUAAAUGUAAUGUAAAAUAAAGAAUAAACAGACUUAUGUAUACAUGAUGAUGGACAUGCAGUGUAUUGCUGUUAAAAAUUCAAUUUGGCUGUAAUUUUUAAAGUUUAAUACAUUUUUUAAAUGUUUUUUAAAGCUACAGUUGAUAUCUUUAUGCUAAUAAUACAUAUACAUGUAGUAAUAUUUACAAGUACUUUUUUGUGUUGCCUCUACAGAGUAGUGGUGACAUAUAGGGAUCACUUCUCCGUCGUCUGUCCGUCCGUCUGUCCGUCCAUCACAAAACUUGUCCGGACUACUACUCAUAAACUACUGGUGCAAUUUCAUCCAAACUUUACAGGAAUGAUCAGUACUAAGUCUAGUUGCGCAUAUUGUCAGCAUUUUCCGGUUCAAUGAUUUUUGUCAGAGUUAUGGCCCUUUAAUAAUUUUUUAUUUUAAAGUUUGUCCGGACUUCUUCUCUGAUACCACUAAUGCAAUUUCAAUGAAACUUUACAGGAUUGAUCUGUAGCUCAAGUCCUUGCGCAUAUUGCACGGGUUUUCCGGUUGAAUGAUUUUUGGCCGAGUUAUGGCCCUUUGAUAAAAAGGUGUUUUUUUCUGUGUGUUGCCAGAUACACAAAAGCUUGUCCGGACUACUCCUCAUAAACUACUGGUGCAAUUUUAUCCAAACUUUACAGGAAUGAUCAGUACCAAGUCUAAUUGUGCAUAUUGUCAGCAUUUUCUGGAUCAAUGAUUUUUGUCAGAGUUAUGGCCCUUUAAUAAUUUUUAUUUUUAAAGUUUAUCCGGACUACUUCUCUUAUACCACUAAUGCAAUUUCAAUGAAACUUAACAGGAUUGAUCUGUAGCUCAAGUCCUUGGGCAUAUUGCACGGGUUUUCCGGUUGAAUGUGUUUUUUUCUGUGUGUUGCCAGAUACGCAAAAGCUUGUCCGGACUACUCCUCAUAAACUACUGGUGCAAUUUUAUCCAAACUUUACAGGAAUGAUCAGUACCAAGUCUAGUUGUGCACUGUCUGUCCGUCUGUCACAAAAUUUGUCCCAAUAUGAAAUUGGCCAUCAUGAGG